UGACGUAAGAUAAUGCUGCCACGCGUCGGAACUCCGCUGCCUGGAGGACCACAGGGCUCGAGUGACACGCGGGAGGGAACGCAGCGGUCAUCCGGGGCCAACUCCAGGAAUCAUGCAUUUGUUGCUCAGAUUAAUCGUUUUCUUUUACGUGUGGGGCAUUUUUACUGCUCAGGGACAAAAGGAAGAGGAGCGCACAGAGGAAGUGAAAAUAGAAGUUGUGCAUCGUCCAGAAAACUGUUCUAAGACUAGCAAGAAGGGAGACCUGCUAAAUGCCCAUUAUGACGGCUACCUGGCUAAAGAUGGCACGAAAUUCUACUGCAGCCGGACACAAAAUGAAGGCCACCCCAAAUGGUUUGUUCUUGGUGUUGGGCAAGUCAUAAAAGGCCUAGACAUUGCUAUGAUGGAUAUGUGCCCUGGAGAGAAGCGAAAAGUGAUAAUACCCCCUUCAUUUGCAUAUGGAAAAGAAGGCUAUGCAGAAGGCAAGAUUCCACCUGAUGCAACAUUGAUUUUUGAGAUUGAACUUUAUGCUGUGACGAAAGGACCACGAAGUAUUGAAACGUUUAAGCAGAUAGAUACAGACAAUGACAGGCAACUCUCCAAGACCGAGAUAGAUCAGUACCUGAAAAAGGACUUUGAAAAAGAUGAUAAGCCACGUGACAAGUCAUAUCAGAAUGCAGUUUUAGAAGAUAUUUUUAAGAAGAAUGACCAUGAUGGUGAUGGCUUCAUUUCUCCCAAGGAAUACAAUGUAUAUCAACAUGAUGAACUAUAGCAUAUUUUUAUUUCUCAAUUUUCUUAGCUGCUUACUGUACUUUAUAUAUAAAACAAAGUCACUUUCUCCAAGUUGUAUUUUCUACUUUAUCCCAUGAGAACAUAUUUUGAUCUCAAUACAUGUAACUUUGGAAUAAAAGUGAGGCUAUUUUGCAAAUUUAAUUCUGUAAACGUGAGUUGCAGCACCAUGAAACUGACCUGUGUGUCCCAGUGGGCAAUUUUCCUGCUUCAAGAGAUAGGAGGACAUCUAUGGCAAAAUCUACAAAACUCUUCCCAACUCUAACCUAACAACAUGUGCACAUGUUGUAAGUAACCAUUUUCUAAUGUUUUAAAUGUUAAAAUGCCCGUAUUUUUAAAUUUUUCAAUAGGGACCAAGGAAUUAACAUUUCACUGUUUAUACCUCUCGUACCAUACGAGUAGGUAGUAGUAUGUAAAAAGCAUAGAACUGAAGAGUCUAGUUUUGGUGUGCAUGCAGGAAAAUAUAAGUUGUAUAAAACCCUGUCCCACAGAGAGCCUCAACACGGUCUCUGUACUUUUUGGUGCAAGCUUCUGACUUUAUAUAUUUGUUCCAAUGGGGAAUUGUUAAAGAUGUUUGAUCAAAUCGUGCCUCGUAUAGCGGACAUAAUACAGUCUGGACUGCUCUGAGUCUGGUACUCCUUUAGACAUCAGGAUAAAUGUGCUACUCCUCUUCCUUCUCAUAGGCUUUUAUAUUUACCAUCCCUAACUUUUUGUCUUGAUUUUAAAUUGAUAUCAUGGUAUUGCUUAGUUUUCAGUUCCUUCUCUCUAGUAUCUCUAUCCUAUGUCACUUCAUUUCACAAUGAUUUUGUUAUUAAUCAUGAGUGAACAUUACAAACUGACAUGCCAUUAAAUUUUUGAUAAAAGUAUAGAAUUUAUUUUCCACGAGGAUACAUGAGAAUAUCAAAUAAUAGAAAUGAGGAUUCAUAAUUAUCUCUCAGAACUAUAUGUUAAAUAAAUGUUUUAAACAUUUUCAAA